GCUGCAUUACCACUUAGCAACGUCACAUGGCCACGCGGCAUACACACCAUCAUGAGCUGCCUAGGUAUCUUCAAAUCCUUCUCUUUGCCCCAACAUCCACCACGCUCUGGUUAUGUUCAGUACCUCCUCUAUCUCCGGCCAUAUCACCCUCCAAUCUGCGGGGCUCAUCGCUCUAGCCGACCUCUCCACUGUCGCAUUGAGGAUGGCUCUGACAGGAACGGCCUCAUACCUCGACAUCCUCGUCCUUGCACCAGGCAUGCAUCAGCAGCAAUCCGCAGUCAAAAUCAAUGACAGCGAAUUGCCAGACACCGCCUCAAUGACAAAUGGAUACAUCUUCCGAGUGGAGAAUCCUGCUACCGUCAACUACCUACGGCACAUUAGCCGUAUUGGCCAACUCGUCACCGCUCAUGUAUCUCCAAAACUUCCCCGCGGGUUGAAUCUAUUCACGAACCGUUUCUUCAAGAUCGACUUAUCCCCCCACAUCACCCCCGUUUUCGUCACUGGGAUUCGCGCCACGCUGCUGUACCUAACCUGCCCGAUACUCACUAUCAUUGUCUUCGCACUUCUAGUCGCUAUCAGAGAUUGGUGGGCAUUUGGGGUUUUGGGAAUGCUUGUGUUGGCUAGGUUUAUAAAUGUGGUCGUUAUCAAGCGGAGAAGCAAGGAAGGAUGGAAAGGCAAGAAAGAGCUGGGUGUCGAGGGCGAUCUCCUCAUACUUCUGAGUCAGGAUCGCUGGAUUCGUUUACAAGGAUUAGUGGACGAUCUCAAGGCGGUGACGGCAGGCCAAUGGUUGCGGGGUGAGACUGCAGAAGAGGAAUUUGCCGUAGGGUUCGCCACGCUGUUGGUCUAUGCGUCCGCCGCGCUUGCGGGAAACGCAUCGACGGUGGGAAGCCUGCACAUCGCCUGCUUGCUGCUCUGCUCUGCUGGUCUAUUGAGCUUGUGCAACCACUCGACAUGGUGUUUGCAGAUGUUUGGUCGUGUUAUACGGAGGGAGGGAGAGCCGAAGGACUAUGAUCGGAGGUUGGACAUGGUCGAAGAUCUCAUUUGUCAAACUGGGAAGGUCGACUGGGCCAUUGCCAUGGGGCUCAUCAAACCUGCUGAAGCGGUAGCUGCUCCUGAGAAAUCUCCAUCCAAGUACCCAGAUGAAAACCCAAGUGUCCCUGUGGAUGGAAAUGCUAGCCUGGAUAUCUCCCAGCCAUAGUCCCUGAAGUAUACUGGUCAAUCUCUGUCGUAUAGUAUACAUUCACAAAAUUUCCGCAGAAAGACACUCAGACUCUGUAUAUGUUGAAGUAGCACACCCUCCAUGUCGCUCUUACCUUACAUAAUCGUAGCUACCAAUACUGGAGAUCGAAAGUCAACGCUUACUAGCUUUUGACUUUUGACUCCAGACCUGGCUUUCUCCACUGCGCUACGCAACCUGCUC